AUGAUGGACCCACUCACAGCCAUCGGCCUUGCCUCGAAUGUCGUUCAGUUCAUUACUUUUGCUAGCGACCUUGUGUCUAAGGGCCGAGUGAUCUACAAGUCCGCUGAUGGGCAACUGGUCGAGACUUUGGAGCUUUCAGAAAUCACGGAAAUCUUGCAAGCCGAGAUUGAAGUUGAUCACAUCUCAACUGGCGGUAGGUUAGCAACCAAAACCGACAAGCAACUCGAAGAACUAUGCAACGGGUGCCGUGGUGUGUCAACGGACCUGCUUAGAGCAAUCGACGCUUUAAAAUUCAACGGCAGACACCGAAAAUGGAACAGCUUUCGCCAAGCUCUGCAGAGUAUCUGGAAAGAAGAAGAAAUUCAAAGUUUGACCAUGCGUCUCGAGCGAUACAGAAGUCAGAUUGAUACGACCCUACUCUUCUCCCUUAGAGAAGUUGUUCUCCAGCAAGGACAUGGAUUUGCCAGAUUUAGAGAAACUUUGAAUAAAGAUAUGGCUAAAUUCAUGGACGAAUCUAGAGAAUGGCAAGCGGACAUUCUAAGGUCGAUACGUCAGAAUCAGGAUCCGACCAUCUCAUUGUUCCAAUUGUUGGCUGCGGGGAAGCGGCCAGGGGAACAGUCAAUUGAGGAACGGAUUCGGGAAAACCUGUGGUUUCGAGAAAUGAAGAGCCGACAUGAGGGGAUUUCAGAAGCGCAUGAGCAAACUUUUGACUGGAUUUUCACCCAUGGAGAGACAACGCCGGAUGAUAUUCUACCUAAAAGCAGCGGCUGCUCAGAAAUUACAAAUGUUCGUUGGGACAAUUUUGCCGAGUGGCUUCGCAGUGAAAAAAGCUUUUACUGGAUAACGGGAAAACCUGGCUCGGGGAAAUCAACACUGAUGAAGUAUUUGUUCAACGAUAACCGGACGAGAGAACACUUGGACCCAUGGAGAGGAGAUUCACCACUGAAAACAGCCGGGUUCUUCUUUUGGAAUUCUGGAACACAAAUGCAGAUGUCUCAGGAGGCUCUCAUGCGUACAUUGCUUUACCACCUCACGGACGGCCAAAACGAAGACAUACCGCGCCUCUUCCCGUAUAGAUGGCAACGCAGCCAACUUUUUGGUGAUUACGACCACCCUUGGACCCUUUCAGAAUUAAUAAAAGCCUUUGAGAUCCUCAUGUCGGAUACUUCAACCAGAUUCUUGCUUUUUGUUGACGGUCUGGAUGAAUUUGAUGUGGACUGUGAGAAGCUUGCAGCCUUUCUACUGGGGGCAUCACAACGACCAAAUGUGAAGGUUUGCGCAGCAAGCCGCCCUUGGAAUGUGUUUGAAGAUGCUUUCGGACGCCGACCAUCACUCAAGAUGGAGCACCUCACUGCUCGAGACAUCCGUCUUGUGGUUUCCGACCGGCUACACACCAGCCUUAAAUUCGUCGAAAUGAACAGAAUACAUCCUGAAGAUUGCCGAUCUUUGAUUGAAGAAGUGUGCAAGAAAGCGAACGGAGUAUUUCUCUGGGUACACUUGGUCGUAAAAUCCUUGCUCGAAGGACUGCGAGACGGUGAUAGCAUCGCGCGCUUGCGGGACCGACUGGUAUCGAUUCCUGGUGACCUGGAGGGCUUCUUCAAGAAGAUAUUACAUGACAUGAGUCCAUCCAAAGCCGAAGAAGCUUCCAAACAAUUUCAGUUGAUGGAGGCUGCUGUGUUUCCACUAUCGCUACUCCUCUUUUCGUUCGCAGGAGAUGGCUUCGACAAUGCCAUGUCAGCGGAAGUCAAGCCUAUGUCACUCGAAGAAAAACAAUUUCGGGCUGAUACGACGAACCGUCGAUUAAGAAGCUGCACCAAAGGCCUACUCGAGGCGAAUGACCCUGCUGGGCAGGACCCGGACUCAGAAGUGAACUACUUGCAUCGAACUGUCAGGGACUUCAUUACUCGACGAGAAUUCUGGGCGUCUAUUUUGGGAAGUGUAAAGGGAAAC